UUGAUGCAUCUUUUUAAUUCGACUCUACAUAAAUAAAGAUGGAGGAUUGACUAAUUUUGCCUUGUAAAAACACACAUUUAGGUCGCUCUAAUAAAUCGACCAUGGGUUUAAAUAUAAUAUAAUUCUUAAGGGAUUAGUGCUUUGUGAAUAUAAUUAUAGAUAUUUCAUGUGUAAACAUUAAGUUCUAAAGAUGGAGAAGAUGAAUUUACAAUCGAGGGAGCAGCAGUAUUAUGCAGAACUGUUCCAAGCUUGCGAUGUAGAAGGAAGUGGUAAAAUAUCAGGUCCCAAAGCAUCUGAACUGUUUAUGGCCUCUGGUCUUAAUCCUGAGAUUCUGAAGCAGAUAACUGAAUUAUGUGGAGCCAAACGCCUGGGUCACUUUGGACGCAGUCAGUUUUAUAUUGCAUUGAAGCUUGUUGCUCUUGCUCAGAGUGGCCAGCCUGUGAAACUGGAUGCAUUGAAUUCAGGGAAAGAGCUUCCUUUACCAAAGUUCUCCUCCAAGGGAAAUGAUCAAAUGGCAUCUGACAGAAAAAAGUCUUCAGGAGAACCAGACAGUGCUGGUCUUGAAUGCAAAUUGAAUUCUCAACUCUCAGGCCAGCUGCCCCCACCUCCAGGCUCCAAGAAAUCUCAUAGCCGCUCGCUGUCAGGGCAGUACAGGGGGGUCGUGCAUGAUCCCCCUUCUGUGGUGACCAGUCAAUCUGGUCAGUUUCCUACCCAGACAAGUUUACGAGAUGAUUCCCCCCACAACUCAAAAUCUCCACCAUUCUCACCCACACAGUCGCCACCCACAUCUCCAGCCAAUCAAAAGUCUCUUAUCAAACAGCACACAGCUCCAGCUCUGGUCUUUGCCAACUCUCAACCAAAUCUAGCCUCUGCGGCAGUGGCAUCUCACCCAUCAUCUAUGACGAGCAGCCUGGAGAGUGCCGAGGCCACACGGCACCUUGUCAAUCCCAACUCCAUGUCAGUGGAAGGUGGGCAUGUGAAUCCUGUAGCUCUAAGUGAAGUCACGGUGCCGCCCAGAGUUGCAGCUACUGUGAAUAGCGGCCCUGUUGGUGGAUCUAGUCAUCACCAUCAUCCACAGUCCGGUGGAGCUGGAGUGGAGAAUGGCAACUGGACGAUGUUUGAUGAUGAAGAAAGUCACAUGCUGAUUGGUUCCGGGGUCAAGCAACACUAUAACAACCUGGAACCCCCCAACUUUGACUCCUCCUCCAUUUCAUCAGAGGCGGACAGCGUGGACGACAUUUGGUCCAUCAAUGAUGAACAGAGAGAGUAUUAUGUUAACCAGUUUAAGACGAUGCAGCCAGACUUGAACGCCUUCAUCACAGGGCCAGUAGCUAAACACUUUUUUGAAAAGUCCAAACUGCCAGUCAUUGAAUUGUCCAAGAUCUGGCAACUGUCAGAUCUAAACUGCGAUGGAGCGUUAUCCCUGGAAGAGUUUUGCAUUGCUAUGCACUUGGUUGUGCUGCGCAGGAAUGACAUUGAGCUUCCUGAUCACCUGCCCGUAUCGCUAAUGCCAUACUCCACACUGACCAGCGAUGAACCAUUCGCCGCUGACUUACCACCUGGCAGUACUCUCAAGCGAGCUACCCCUCCCUCCCCCCACUCUAAUGUGGCACAGUGGACUGCUUUUGGUCAAGAAUCUCCAGACUCUAAUGGAGUUCCCUCCCCUGCACAUUUGGUCAAUUUUGAAUUCUCUAAACCCAGUGCAGACCCAGACUUGAAAAUUGUACAGCCUGUGCCAGUUCACAUGCUGCCAGAAGCCUUGCAGAAUGAAGGUUAUGAUCGUGGUAGGGCUUUUUCAGACUCCUCUGUGCCUCACGAGUCCUGCGGAACUGACCACGGGGACAGCAGCCCUCCCUUGUACAAGCAGAGGGCCUACACAGAAAUACACCACCAGGAUCCCGGUCACUUGGACUCGCCCAACUCUAAAUAUAGCACACCCAUUCAGGGGCGGCCUCGGCCGGUGCCCCCGAAAAAGAACAGCGUUAACACAGUCCCUGCUGUCCUACUGGGUCAGCUGCAGCCACCACCAGGCACAUGUCCUGAAGGAACGGCUGUGCCUGGAAGUAUUGGAUACCCUGAUCGUCCCAGUGAAGUACCUGUCGCCCCAGGACAUGGGCCCCCUACACCACCCCCUAGGCCUCCGCAUGGCAGGAGCAUGUCGAUGGAUGUGAAGCUAGCCCCCCAACUUGUUGCUCCAGCAGUCCCCCAGCUUGUCGCUCCAGCAGUCCCACCAAGAAUAUCUCCCAAAGAAGUUAGUCAUGUUCAGUCAUUCAGUCAAAAACCAAGUGAUCCAGGUGUGAUAGGAUCAAUGGAGCAUAGGGCUGCGACAAAAAAUCUCCAGAAUGUGAUUCAAACUCACCGCCGCAGUGUUUCUCUAGGCAUUAAACUGGGUUAUCCAUCAGUACCACCAGAAUUGCCUCCAGUGGCCCAUGUUGUGGAGAAUAAUGAGACGUCUUUUGAUAAAGAGAAAGCUGAGGAAAGAGAGACAACUCCUGACAGUUCGGUGAAAGAAAGACUCCAGAGUAAGCCCACCUUGACAUUGAGACAAGGUAGUCGAGACAAGAGAGACAUUCACAUGGCUGUGCGGACCCAUAAAGAGCGUAACUCCAUGCUGACCCGACUGAACAGUGAACUGAACCAGGAACUCCAGGAGGUCAUGGAGCAGAGGAUAGCCCUGGAGAUCCAACUGGAACACCUUCGACCCUUCUCCAGCUAGCACAGUGGUUUGCGCAUCAUACCAGCUACACACAAUGGGACAAACACAAUUUAGUUUGGUCUUUUUUUUUUUUUUUUAAAUGGUUGGACACUCAAUUAAAAGUAAAAAAAAAAAAAAGUCUGGGAAUCAGCAGAUGGUUGUGAUGGAUGCAGGCGACUGAUAGUUUUAUUUCUUGAACUGUUUUCUUUGGCUUGUUGGUUAAUAUUUAAUUUCCAUUAUGUUUUUAUUUUGUGAAUAUUUAAUUUCCAUUAUGUUUUUAUUUUGUGAAUAUUUAAUUUCCAUUAUGGUUUUACUCUUUAAGUCUUAUCAGAUGGAUGUAGGGUAGUGAGCAAAUGAGAUGCCCUCUUUGAUGUUGACCUAAGCGAAGCAUUAGUAGAUAUUGUUAAGCAAUGAGAUUGAGAUUGGACCAUAGCGCUCUGAGCAUGCUGUAAGCAUGAAAGUAGCGCUAUACAAAAGCUAUAAUUAUUAUUAGCUACAAGUAAUUUAUGUUUAAAUGUAUAGAUUGUGUUGAGAAUAUGCUACGCCAAAGUAGUUCGUUGUAUUCACCACAAAAUAGAUUAGGAGCAUGGCUAAUGGGUUGCCAUAAUCAGCCAGGAAAACCAAUGACUUAGCAGAGUUUAAGUCAUUGAUUAACACGCACGGCUAGAUUGACACAUGAAAUGCAAAGGACGUAAUUAUCUUCUUUUUUCUUUGAAGUAACGUCUGUAAUAUGUAAGAUAAGAAGAAAUCUCUACAUUAUAAGAUUUAGUGCUGAGGAUAUCAGUUUACUGUAAUGUACACGUGCCCCUCUCGUGAGGCAUGUUUAUCAAGCAUAUUUUUUAAAAUUUGAAACUAGUCGUUCAUGUUAUAAAAGAUUACAUUUUUAUUUUCUUUUAUUUGGUCUGGCUAAACCAUGCCACCCACAGCACACCUAAAUAUUGCUGUGAGAAAUAAUGAAAUUUUUAAUACAUAUUUCACACCAUUGCAUGUCAUUAGGCUGUGCCAGGUCAGUGGAAUAUAGUUUCAAUUUUCUGUAAACAUUUUCAGUGUUCACUAAUUAUGUAAAAGUGAAUUUGUUGAAAGGGCUUUUGUUUUGUGGGGUUUGUUUUGUUUAUCUUGAGCUGGUUCAUUAGUCCAAUUUUUUAAAAGACUGAAUAGGAUCUAAGUAUCUGGCGCCAGUAAGGCAGAAAUGACAUUUAAAUACAGUUAUCACUCAAUCAACUUAACGAAAAUAUUUAUUGUUUAAGAAUGUUGGCAAUGACAAUAUAAUAAAUUAACCUAAUGUAUUCAUCAUUCAGAUCUUUCUCUUGAAAUCUAUCCUAAAUACAGGCUAUUAAUAAGAACCAUCUAGGUAUUUUUUUAUACAGAAAAAUUAAAACAUGCGCAAGCUCUGGACUAGAUAUUAUUUUUUACAUUUUACUUUCAUUAUUUAAGCAUCUGUGAUUUCUAUGGCAACAUCUGACAUUUCUUUUAAAACAUCUGUCAUUUCUAUUAAACUCUAAUAAACCUUCAGCCAAUUAUUUUCUCCAAAGAUCCUGUAUCUGUUGUUGUUUCCCCUUGUUCAGGCUCAAGCCCUGAUGUAGCUCACAAAUUAUUGGAGCAUGUUUGUCGACUGUAGUCUCAUAUACGUUUCGUUAGACUGAGAUCAUAAAUUUUAUUAGAUUGUGCGCCCGUAUAAGUUUCAUUAGACUGAGGUCAUAUAACUUUCAUUUGACUGAGGUCAUAACUUUCAUUAGACCUAGGUCAUAUAACUUUCAUUAGACUGAGGUCAUAUAACUUUUAUUUGACUGAGGUCAUAUAACUUUCAUUAGACAGAUUAUAACUUUCAUUAGACUGAGGUCAUAUCUUUCAUUAGACUGAGGUCAUAUAACUUUCAUUUGACUGAAAUCAUAUAACUUUCAUUAGACAGAUUAUAACUUUCAUUAAACUAAGAUCAUAACUCUCAUUUUUUUUUUGACUGAGGUCAUAUAACUUUCAUUAGACUGAGAUCAUAACUUUCAUUUGACUGAGGUCAUAAAACUUUCAUUAGACUGAGAUCAUAACUUUCAUUUGACUGAGGUCAUAACUUUCAUAAGACUGAGCUCAUAACUUUCAUUUGACUGAGGUCAUAACUUUCAUAAGACUGAGCUCAUAACUUUCAUUUGAGCAUAUUUGCUUUGAGCUCUUGUAACUGUUAUCUAUGAAGCUUGGUGCUAUGCCUAGCCUAGGCUGAUGUACAGCUACAUCUAUGAGCCAGAGGCUGGAGGCUGUUGUUCUCACUUAGCUCUCUACGUGUCUUUUCUUAAUUUUGUCAUGGUUGAGAUUUGAACCCAGGGCUAUCGUGCGAAGAGAAUUCAUCCUAAUGCCUGAGCUGUGAGAUUUCCGCUCCAUAAUUGUCCCUUUUCAAGAAGCAGUGCCAGUAAUUCACCUGGACACAUUCAUCUAUCUCUGGAGACAGAAACAGUAGACUAGUAUUAUUAUAGUAGUAUUGCGCCUCCUUCUUGUUUUUGUGAGAGCACAAUAUGGCCUCUAAAACCUGAGACCUAUUUCCCUUCGAAUGUCAAAAUAUGCACAAUUGUACCGUUUGUUGACUGGAAUCCACACCUCCCACCCUAUGUCUAGCCAGCCACAAGUAUAAAUAUAACUAUCCCAGUUAGCUUUUUGGGAAAGCCCAUGUCUUUUUUUUGUCAUAUUAUUUAUUUUCAUUGAUCGUUAUUUCUUCUUAAUGAUGAGUUAUGCCAUUGAGAGGUUAUAUUAAAUGUUGUAAAUGGAGUAGGCCUAUCAGUAUUACAACACUGAUGGAGGUUGAGUAGUCCUAUUUGGUAUUGCACAUAUGAUAGUGUUAUUGUAGGCAAAGCUUUUAUAGAUAAUAGUUGGAGCGAGCUUAUUGUUAUUGCAGUACUGGUGGGAGAUCUGAUCCACAUAACUUCAAAGAAUUUGUUUCACCCCAUCAUUCUACUUGAUACUGUUAUUUUCUUAAAUCAUUGUACAUUCAUCCAAUCCUAGCCACUAAUAUGAACUCAUGUCUGUAUGAUCUUAAAGGGAAAGUAAUAGAUAAAUUGAACUUUGUAUGAUCUUAAAGAGAAAGUAAUGGAUUUCAUUGCCGUCAUUUUAAAUAAGCCAGUGUCACACACUCCUUCAUACUAUUCUCAAAUUCAUUUUCUUGUUUGUAUCCAUACUUAGCUGAAUGUAUAUGACACAAAUGAAAAGGGACUCCUUGUCUAUCAGUUUUAGAACCUUUCAAUGUGCAGUGCUCCUUGUUUCAGCCUUAUUUAUUCAUUAGUAAAGCAAUAACUAUCAGAAUGUCUACUGUUCAGAAUGUCUACUGUCUGUUCGUGUUUUACAUUCUAAACUUAUUAACUUGCAAACCCAGUAGCAAUCAGCUUUCAUGGACUGGUCAGUUUGGUCAGCCUGAUAUAAGUGUAAGUAUAUCCCAAAUCACUGACCCUUAACUAAAGGGUCUGGACCAUUUAAGUAUCUGCAAUUUUUAAUAUAUAACAUGAUUUUACUGUUUACAUUUGUAUGUCUACAAAUAUGAUACUGUACAGUCGAGACUUGCUAAGCUGUUCAUAGCGUGUGUAUUGUGAGCAGAUGGUACUAUGGAACGAAAGAAGACUUAUGGGGGAGGGGGGGCUUUAAAUAAUGCUGUGAAUGGGCACUGGGGGAACCGCACUGGCCGUACGCUUAUCAAGUCUCGGUGGUCUACCUGUAUAUGUAACUAGUCAAUCAAGGUUUAUGUCGUUAGACUCAGUGUAUGUACAUGUAUGUUAGGCUGUCAGAUCAAAACUAAUACCUAUUACUAUCUGUAUGCUGUUGUUAUAUUUCAUCAGGACUCAUUUGUACAUUAUUUGUUAUUCAUUUUGUUAUUUUGCUGAGUUAUGUGACUUGAGUAACCUCCCCUUGUACAAAAAAAAAAAAGUUUUAUUACUAUGAAAAAAAAAUGAAUAAAAAAAUUUCCUAAUAAAUCUUUAACUGUUUCUUCAUGAUCA